AUGAGACACUCAAAUUAUUCCUUUCAUCAUUCACCCUACCAUUGGUCACAAUAUGGUGCAGGAAUACCCGUUUUUCGGGGUGGUGCUAUACAAAGAGGGUAUGGUCUUGGUGGAAUAUUUCGUGGAUUAUUACGAAGUGCUGCACCUGUUCUCAAGAAGGGAUUAAUCGACGUUGGAAAAAGAGCUGUGAAAACAAGUAUGGAAACACUAAGUGACAUAGCAAAUGGAGAGAGUGCUAAGGUGGCACUCAAAAGAAGAGCAAAACAAAAUCUAAAUGAAAUGGUUGCAACAGCUCUGCACAAUAAAAAACGAAAAGCAACAUCCAAUUCCCUCAUUCGCUCUCAGUCUGUGAAAGGUAUAGCUAAAACAAAUUCAAGUCAUCUUGAAUGCACCUUAUCUGAUACCGAUGUUUUCACACCUGCAUUUGUUCAAUCUGAUAUUGAACAUGGCUGUUUUGAAGAUAUUUUUCCGAUAACUAACCUUGAUGAUAAUGGUCCAGUUGAGUUUAGUAUUGACAAUGCAACGAAUAAGUUUUUGGAUUUAGUCAGCAGCACAUUGAAUGUUAAAUGUCGAGUUACUAAAGCAGAUGGAACAAAUCUUACAGCAACAGAUGGUGCUGUUGCACUAAUAAAUUAUCCUAUUUCAUCACUAUUCAGUCAAGUAGAUGUGAGUAUUGGAGGAAGUAUUAUUUCCUCUUCCACUAACACCUAUUCAUAUAGAGCUUUUAUCGAGACAUUGUUGAACUAUGGAGAAGAAGCUAAAAAGAGCCAAUUGACGAUGGGGUUGUUUGCAAAGGAUACUAGUGGACAUAUGGAUGCAAGCGAUGCAGCAGCUGGAGAUAAUGCUGGUUUAGUGAAAAGGCAGGGAUACACUGCACGGAGUAGAAUUGUUGAGCUUUCAGGAAGAUUACACUGUGAUAUAUUCAAUCAAGGUCGCCUGUUGCUCAAUGGUCUAUCUCUUAAAAUUACACUACAUAGAAAUAAGGAUGCUUUUUGUUUAAUGACUAAUGGAGAUAAUCCUGAUUUCAAAGUAAAAUUUGUGGAUGUGUCCCUUCGAUUACGAAAAUUACAACUCACUCCCAAGAAAUUUGAAAUGAUACAAACUAGUUUGGAGCGAACUCCAGCCUGCUAUCCAAUCAAUCGAGUACAAAUUAAAACGCACUCUUUGGCUGCUGGUUUAACAAGUUUGAAUUGGGACAAUGCUAUUCUCGGAAAACUACCCAAUCGUUUAUUCAUCGCAUUCACAGACAAUGAUGCUCAUACAGGUUCCUACGUGAAAAACCCUUUUAACUUCAAACAUUUCAAUGUUACAUCCAUUGGUGUUUAUGUCAAUGGGGAGUCACUACCAGCUAAUCCUAUGAAGUUAAAUUUCCCUGGCGGACAUUAUUUACAAGGCUAUCGAAGCCUUUUCACUGCAACUGGUAAAAUAAAUAGAGACGAAGGUUUGGACAUUAAUCGAGAAGAAUAUUCAGAUGGUUAUAGUUUAUUUGGCUUCGACCUGUCACCUUCUCUUUGUAACGGAGAACACUACGAACCUCAAAGACAAGGAAGUAUUCGAAUCGCAUUAGAGUUUGGAACUGCCCUACCUAAUACGAUUACAGUUUUCAUGUAUGCAGAUUUCGAAAACACAAUCCAUGUGAAUAAGGCGAGAAAUAUCUUGAAGGAUUUUUAA